AGAGCGCACUUUCAGAUUCCGCGAUAUUCAGAUACCGAUAAAAAAGACACUCAUUUGUGUCACAUUCAAAGGUCGACUUAUAUUUCACCUUAAAAUCAUUAAAUCUUCGGUAUAGAGUGUGAGCAUACGGCUCGAGUUAUCCUACAGUCUCUAUGUUGGAGUUUCAUGGAGCGAUGUGCAAGACAGUGCUACUGUUAUUCCUCGUAUACCAAUUUUCGAAAGGAAUGGAACAACCUCAGGUUCCGCAAGGACCGGAGCAGCAAUUUAAUCAGCUCCUCCAGAAUCAAGGGUUGGGCUACCUUGUGGCCGCGAACGCAGAUCCUGAUCAACUAGAAGCGAGAGACUGCAUCAAAGAAUGUCAUCAGUCGUUCGGACUCGUAUACGCGCGUCAAAGAAACAAUUGGAUUCCCGUCGCAACAGGAACAAUCUUGAUCGGGGAUCCGUUUUUCGAGAACGAAUGCAUCUGCGAGCUGACCGGCAAUUUCAAGGGCCUCCUGGGAACGAAAUCCAGAAAAGCUUAUUAUAAUACUAUUUUCAGAACCUCUGCGUGGACCUUCAAAAGACUUGUAAGGUUGAAUUUCGAAUGGAGACCGUUUGAUGAUGGGCUGUUGUUCUGUCUCGCCCGCUCAGCACCCCGCCGCGGCCAGUCGCAAAUGGGUGGUUAACAGAGAAAACUAGCAUCAUCCCGUUUUUUAUUCUGAAAUUUCAAUCCAAGUAUUGUGUUUAACACUGUGUGCUUACAUAUCUUUAAGCCUAAAUUAAGGGGAAGAAGAAAAGAACUAGAAGUUUGUUUACCAUAAUCAAUAAUUAAGGAGAAUCCUUGGUGCAUGGGAAGCAACGUUUACAAUAGAUCGUAUUCGAUAGUGGUUCGAUGUAUCGUUUGGUUCAAAACAAUAGAACAGAACCUCAAACAAAAAGUUUAGGAUUUAAGUUGGAGAAACUUAAAAGGAGAAAAUUCCUAGUAAUUUUACUCUUCAUAGCCAUUUUGUACUCGUAGGUAUCAAAAAUCAAUGACAAAAAACCGCUCCCUUGGAUUACUCAAUUGGCUUUUGAGGCUAUGCUAACAUAUUGAACCAAUCGAUAUCGAUACAAUCUUACCUCUUUGCUGUGACGAUUACGAUCCAUGAGCAGUUAAGACCUUUCAGACAUGAAUUAGUUCGGGGAAUUUUUUGUGAUUUGGAGAAAAUCGAGAUCAGGGAGAGACCAUUGUACAUUUUUUCAAGGUACGAUAUUUUUCUUCUUAAAAAACCAAAAAAGCUCCAUUCAAAAAACUUGCAGCUUAACACUUAUAGUAUGGCUUGUAUCCACAAAUAGCUAGAACCAGUUUCAAAUUACUUUUCCUUUUUUGCUACAUGCGCGGGAUAGGGAAUUACACACAACAAAAGGGGAAAAGUAAUCUAGAACUGGCUCUACUUGAUGUCAUUUUGCAGGCUAAAACACGAGGAUAACUAAAUAACACUAGUUAAUUUAUGUCUCCAGUAAUAUCGUAAGAUAAUUUGUAUCCAGAAUGGGGAAGGGAAGUUUUAUGUUUGACAAGUGGUUUUUGGCAGUAAUAAUCCUCAUACAUGUUUUUAAUCAAAUAAGGUAACGCUUACUACUGUGGUAAUAAACUUUCAGUUGACGCUACCACGUGUUACUAAUGAAUAGCAUCAAAAAACCUCUCCUAUGUAUUAAGGCUAAUGCGGCUAUAGUUGAAACGAAUAAUUAUCACUAAAGAACGUUGACGCGUGCGACUGGGGUCUGUUGCGUCAAAAGUUAAAACGAAAAUCGCUAAAAAUACUGAAUGGUGUAAAGAGUGUAUAGAGUCGGCUGCGACGAACUGGAGAGGAAAAUUUGCAUAAGGUAUCCCGAAAGUACCGAAUUCUUCCCGUUUUUGAGUUAACGGUAAAAUCUAAUUACUAACGGUUUUUGCGCAUACAAGGCUCUCAAUUGAAUCCUCAGGUUUAAAAGGGUUUUCGAGCUCCCCGCUUCCAGAUUCUAAAAACGUGCUGGAAAAAUGCCAAAAUUUCGCUUUAGACGUUAUUUCUAUAAUAUUAUAUCUUUGGAAAUUUUCAAGUUUGGGACCUACACACAAGACCUCGUAGCAAACCUGCUAGGAUUUAAUCUAGAGCCCUGCGAAAACCGCAAGUCGAUAGCUUUUACCGAUUGCUGAAAAACUGGAAGCAUGCUUUCAGUAGUGCUUUCGGGACACCUACUGUAGUCUGUAUAUUGUCAAGGGCAACGCAUAGUCUGACUAAUUAGUGGAAUUUUUAGAUGUACCCACACACAAUACUCAUCACAGCAACGGAAGCAUCAGAGAAAUCGCACGCAAGAACACAUUGUUUUAAUCAACGCUCUUAUAGUGAUGCUGCGUCUGUUCUGGUUGUAAGAAAUUAAAAGUUUUUGUCGAUGAGCCUGUGCCAAUUGUGAACUAGAUAUGAAAUGAGCAUCGCGUAAUGCAUUUGAAGCAAAUUAGUUUAAAAGGGUAGAAAAGCACUUCUUGACGAGGCGAAAAAAAUACCUAAACUGUGGUGGUCAAAAUAAUUGAAAAUAAAUUGGCAGACAUUAAAUUUUGGGAGUAGGUAUACUGGGGAAAACCCGUAAAAAUUGUGUAAAUAUAUAAAGGUUGAACAAAA